AAUAAAGGCUCCUACUGCCCUGGGCUGGAUAGAUGCAGGGCAGAGGGUCAUCUCUGUCUCUGGACCCUCGGGAAAUGCUCAUCACCUCUCUGAACAGCACACAUCUGUGGUCUGCAAAGAGAAUCCAGAGCUUGAAGAUGAAACACCCGCUCCCCCACCAUUCUCCAAUCCUGUUCAUCUACUGCUUCUGUAUGCUACAGAUUCCCUCCUCAGGAGCUUCCCCACCUUUAGCUGAUUCUCCCGACGGCUUGGAUAUUGUGGAUCCUGAGCGACUGGCAUACUUUCUGAAGCAGAGGGAAAUACAUUCUAACCAACCUAAGGAAAACCAGGAUGUAUACAAAAGGUUUUUAUUUCACUACUCCAGAACUCGGAAACCAACACAUCCAGUUAGCACUGAGUUUGCUCCCGUCCAUCCAUUGAUGCGUCUGGCUGCCAAGCUCGCCAGCAGAAGGAUGAAAAGACUGCCGCGAUUGCUGCGCCUCGAUUCCAGGACAGCUACUGUGGACUUCCCUAAGAAGGAUCCUACUACCAGCUUGGGGAGGCCAUUUUUCCUUUUCAGGCCUAGGAAUGGAAGAUACACCGACAACAACUUCCAGUAGACAGCAAGAGUCCCAUGUCACCAGACGGUGUGCGCCUUUGGAGCAAAUGCCAAGAGUUACUUCAUGUUUAUAUUUAGCCAUAUUUCUGCUGUCCCAUGCUCUCCAAAAUGCUUAGUUGUAUAAAAAAAAAAUGAAGUGACGCUGAUGUAUCAUCUUUAUUUUUGCUGGAAGACUGUGGGAAUGGGUACAUUCCACGAAUAGAUUUCUAAGAAUUUACUGAUUUGGGCAUGGAACAAUUGAACUAACUUGUUGAUGGCUGACACACAGGUAGAGGAUAAACUAAGAUCCUGAUAUCAGAUGCUAACUCUGUUUGCUUUCUAGUUGGGUGGCUGUGAUAUAUUAAAAGUCAGUUUCCAUGUCUGUAGUAAAUACCUGUUGUGUAUUAAUUAAAAGCAUAGAAGAUU